AUGCUGGAACCACAUUGGAUACUGACACUUCCUCAUAAUCUACAAGAACAAGUUAGAUUUUCUAUCCAAAAAGAUGCUAAUAACCUUGACGUAUUUAAUAAUUUAUUCACAUAUCUAACUGAUUCAAAUAACGAUUCUAAUAAACGAAGAAAAGAAUCUCCAACAAUAGCUAAUGUAAAUAGUGAGAAUGGUUUAAUUGUCCGUAGUGAAGAACCAAUACCUGAAGAAUCAAUCAUCUUUGAAAUCCCUCAAGUUUCAUUCCAAUCUCCAAUUAGAAAGAAAAUGAAUUUAACUUUUCAUUUAUUAGAACGAGAUGGUAAUCCAUAUCCAUUACUUUCAAUUGUAAAUCCCACCAAUAUGGUUCCAGAAAUCUCAUUAAUUAAUUUAGAAACUUCAAUUAAAUUAUGUAUGAUCUUACCAAUAUUAGGUAAUUCAACCAAUCCAAUCAAAAAGGGAGUUGCAUCAUUAUGUUUUUGGAUUAAUGAAGAAUAUUGUCAAGAUACAAAUAUUUCAAAAGAUCCAAUAAUUUGUCAAAUUCAAUUAGAUAUAAUUAAAAAACAAAUGAUUAAACAAGGGAAAUUACCCGCUGAUAUUGAAUCACAAUUUGCCAGUCCUAAAAAUACAUUAAUUUUAAAUCCAAUUCAAGAACGAAUUUUGGAUUAUUUUAAACGACAAUUCAAAUUAUGUGGCGUGAAUUUGAUUAAUUAUUUACCUUGUCCUACACUUUUCCAAACUCAAUUUAGUUUAAAUCAUGAUUGUGCCGUAGCAUUAAUUGAUAAUAAGGCUCCUUCGUCAAGUCCAUUGAUAAUAAUGGUUGAAUGUCAUAAAGGAGCGAAAGAUGGAGUAUUAUUAUUCCUAAAACAAAAUCAAUAUAAUUCUCCCUAUCUUAUAUUUGGAUUCAAAAAACCAAUUCAAGUAUUUGAAUUAUCAAAAGUUUUAAAUGCAAGUUAUACAAAUAUUACUAGAAAUACUUUCAGUAUUGUGGUUACGGUUUUAAAUGAUAGAAAUGAAGAAAGAAUAAUUGAAUUUAGUAUGAUUGAUCAAGCAUUCUUUCAAAUAAUUGAUGAUUUUAUUAAGGAACAUCGAAUUAGUGAUGAUUCGUUUAAUACUAUUCAUCAAGAAAAGGGACCACAACAAGAAACAACGACAGAUGCAGCCGCAGCAGCAGCAACUGAUGGGGAACAGUCUGUUCAGCCGGGAACUGCCGCCGCUGACGAUGAUGACGAAGAAGACGAUGCUGAUUUCAAGGGAGAUGAAGACGACAGUGAAGUUGAUGAAGAAUAUGAUAGUGAUGCCGGUGCUCAUAGUGACAAUAAUGAAGGUGAAGAAGAAGAAGGUGAUGAUGUGUUUAAUAGAGGUAAAGAACAAGAAGAAAUAGAGCAAUGA